AUGGAGAAUCUUGGUGGUUUGACGAUGUUUGUGAGUGUUAAUUCAUGUGAAUCAAGAACUUAUGUGGAUGAGGGGAUGUUGAGGAACAGUGUUUACUUCCCUAAGUUGUGUGAUGAUGAGACGCGUUGCGUGAGGUAUUCGUUUGAUGAGAGGAGAUACGAUCCGGUUGAGCACAGUGUUAACUGGGGAAAGCAGAGUUCUUCUGAGGACAUUUGGAUUAAGGCUCCUGAGUAUGGAUAUGAGAUGGUUUAG